CCGGAUGCAGGCGCAGGCGCAGAGCGGCGGUUAGUCAGUGUGGGCUCGUCCAGCGCUUCAGACGUGUCUCUCUCUCGAUUCUUCUCGGUUAUUAUCAGUGAUUCUCUUCUGUUUUUCGUUAUCGGAAUCAUGAAAGUGCUGCAGAAGCUGCUGUUGCUGCUCUUGCUGGCGUUUCCCGCGACGCUGCUGCUGAAGGGGCCGGUCGUUUCUGCGCAGGACGCUACUGAUGAAGAGGAGGCUGUGGAUGAAGAUGCCGCUGAUGAUGUGAUGGCUGAGGAUGAGGAUGAUGAAGCCGAGGUGGAGGACGAUGAUAACACUGAACUAACGGAGGAGAAGGAGGAAGAGGAGGAAGAAGCUCUGGUGGGGGAGAUGAAGGCUUCACCCCACGCGGACACCACCAUCCUCUUCGUCAAAGGAGAAGAUUUUCCCGCCAACAACAUCGUGAAGUUCCUGCUGGGCUUCACUAACAAAGGCUCGGAGAACUUCGUGGUGGAGUCUCUGGACGCCUCGUUCCGUUACCCGCAGGACUUCCAGUUCUACAUCCAGAACUUCACAGCGCUGCAGCUGGGGACCGAGGUUCCUCCUCAGCGUCAGGCCAGCUUCGAGUACUCCUUCAUCCCUGCGGAGCCCAUGGGGGGCCGGCCCUUCGGCCUCGUCAUCAACCUCAACUACAGGGACAGCAGCGGGAACGUGUUCCAGGACGCCGUCUUCAACCAGACUGUGACCAUCACCGAGAGAGAGGACGGUCUGGACGGAGAGACGAUCUUCUUAUACGUGUUUCUGUCGGGGCUCGGCCUGCUGCUGGUGGUCGGCCUUCAUCAGCUGCUCGAGUCACGCAAGAGGAGACGGCCAGCAGCUAAAGUGGAGAUGGGAACCUCCAGUCACAAUGAUGUGGACAUGAGCUGGAUCCCACAGGAAACACUCAACCAGAUCAUGGCGAGUCGGCGAGAUAAAGCGUCUCCUGGACGAUCUCCACGCAAGAGGACUCAGAAACGCUCGGCCGGAUCAGACGAGUGAGAGACGCCGACAUCUUCAUCUGUUUACAGUGAGACGACGAGUCUGUCCAUCACUGGAAGCCAACAGAGACUGACACACACACACACACACACACACACACACACACACACACACACACACACACACACACACACUCACACUCACACAAACACACACUCUCUCUCACACACACACACACACACACACACACACACACACACAUGUACAGGCCGUUUUUUAAAGUGAAAGUGCGUGAGGAGCUCAAGCUUCUGUAGGUCUGCUUUGUCUUGAACCGAGCGUCUGGAUUCUUCUCCUCGUUACUCUUCUGUGAGGACUGAUGGACGUUUCUGAGCCUCUUCACUCUUCAUCACGAGCUUCUUCCUGUCAGACCAUGAAUUGAUAGCGACUGGUUUGCUUGCAGACGGUGCCUGAUUUCAUUUAAUUUCCCUGGUUUUCUUCAUGAUUCGCGUGUGGUGGUGUCAUUUGAUCUGGUCACGUGACUCGAGGACGCGCCGCUUCCUUCUUUUAUUGACAGAAGAUUGUUGUCUGUCUUUUUCUUGUUUUGUUUUUGAUCAGUCUAAUAAAGUGACGGUGUUUCAGUGAAAGCAGCCGUGAGCGAGUGCUGAUGUACAGAUUGAAGUGUACUUGGAAAAAUACAAAUAAACUGAAAUGAACAAA